AUGGCAGAUGCUAUUAUCUCGGUAGCCUUAGAAAAAAUAUCUGAUCUACUAAUUAAUGAAGCAUCUUUUCUUUCUAGUGUAAGAGAAGAAGCUGAGAUUUUGAAAAAUGAACUCAAGAGAAUCAAAUGUUUCUUGAAAGAUGUAGAUUAUAUCAAGAACGAUCAAAGAGAGGUCGUUCGUGAUUGUAUCGCUGAACUCUCAGAUAUUGCUUAUGAUGCAGAAGAUAUUAUCGAUGAAUUUAUCGUCAGGAUUCCGAUUAAAGAAGAAGGAACCAGCAGCUGUUGCUGGUCUGUUACUGUGGUUUCCAAGGCACCACAGUUGCAUGAUAUUGGAAUCAAGAUUCGAUCAAUUCAAACUAGAAUUGGACGCGUUCUUGCCAGAUUGCAGAGUUAUUGCAGUAUCCAAUUAGUCGAAGCAGCAGACGGGUCUGCAUCCGCCACUUCUGCGAGUGAGAUGAGAAGACGAUUAAGGAGAACUAAUCCAGAUGACGAAGAAAAAGAUAUUAUCACAUUGGAUAGCACGAUAAACAAUCUAAUGAAUCAAUUGAUGAAUCCGGAAGAUCAGCUCCGAAUUGUUUCGAUAGUAGGCAUGGGCGGAAUUGGCAAAACGACACUUGCCAAGAUAGCUUAUAAUUUUAAGCAUGUCAAGCAACACUUUGAUUGCUGUUCUUGGAGUUUUAUAUCUCAACAAUUUUCUCCAAGAGACAUUUUAUUAGAAAUCUUGAUGCAAGUUUCCCCUGAACAAGAUCGACAACGUGUAAGUAGCAUGAGCGAGGCUGAACGCGUUAAACAACUCAAAGAUUUGUUGAAAGUAAAGUGAUAUUUGGUGGUUCUUGAUGAUAUUUGGAAUAUAGAGGCAUGGGAUUCAUUAAAACAGGCAUUUCCGAAAGGGAAUCCAGGAAGUAAAAUAUUAUUCACCACCCGGAUCAAAGAACUUGCUCAGUAUGCUGAUCUGAGAAGUUCUCCGAUAGAACCGCCAUUUUUGACAGACGAACAAGGCUGGGAGCUUCUCCGAAAGAAAGCAUUUCUAGACGAUUCAACAACCAACAUGUCGGAAUUUGAAGGAUUAGGAAAACAGAUGGUGAGAAAAUGUGAAGGACUACCUCUAGCAAUUACAACUCUCGGAGGUUUAUUAGCUUAUAAGUCGCUUAAAGAAUGGAGGAUUGUCGAAAAAGAUGUCACUGCCCAAUUCAACAAAUUGCAGGAGCGUAGAGGCUACGCUGGAGUGCGAUGGAUAUUAGCUUUGAGUUAUCAGAAUUUGCCUUUCAGGCUAAAACCAUGUUUUCUCUAUCUUUCCCAAUUUCCAGAGGACUUCGAGAUUCGCAAGAAAAGACUAAUUCGAAUGUGGAUCGCCGAAGGGUUUAUACCAUCAAAAGGAGAAGGAGACGAGACGAUGGAAGAUGUCGGUGAGCUAUACUUAGAAGAGCUUGCAAACAGAUGCAUGAUUCAAGUGAGUAAAAGAAACCACACGACAUUUGGAAUCAAAACUUUCCGGAUACAUGAUCUUAUGCGGGACAUGUGUUUGUUCAAAGCACAAGAAGAGAAGUUUCUUGCAGUCAUUGAGCAUCAAAAGAAAAAACCAGCAGCAGAUACUAUGAGUGCUCAUUCAAUUCUGAACACGACCCGCAGGAUUGCAUAUCAUGAUGAGCAGUGUCAAUCCCUCCAUUACUGCGGUCCCUCUCUUCGUUCUCUUGUCUUUUUGAAGACAUAUUCUCGGUGUUCGCUAGGAGAGGAGGAUAUACUUUUCAUCUUCCGGAGAUUCAGAUUGCUGCGAGUUUUAAAUCUUGAUGGUAUAAUACUACAUUCGAUCUUUUUGCCAGAACAAAUUGGUAACUUAAUUCACUUGAGAUAUCUCGGAUUGGAGAAUAUCAUCGGUUUAAAAAAGAUAAGAUUGUGCAAGUACAUUGUUCCAACAUUGCCAGAAUCCAUUGGCAAUCUGAAAAGUUUGUACACACUUGAUUUAAGAGGUAUUACAGCAAAAUUUCCAGAUGUAUUGUGGAGAUUAGAAAAUCUGAGACACUUGUUGCUGGAGGAAAAUAUAAGUUGGAAGUUUCGAUUGGAUACAUUAUUGAACUUGGAGACUCUGAAGUGGGUGAAAUCAAAAAAUCUUAUCAGAAACGAUGCCAUGCUUAAAUUGACAAAUCUUAGACAUCUGGCGAUAGAAUUUCAGGAUGUGGAAUCUGAGGUGAUUCUAAAAUCUCCAAUUUUUGGAUCAGGCCGUCUUGAAUCGUUAAAGAUGAAGUCGGAAAAUUCUUUUCCGAACCUGGAAAGGAUCUCAGAUUCUCAUCGCCUGACGAAGCUAUUGUUAAACGGAUACAUAUCAGAAAAUCAAAGCCUGAAAUUCCUACCAGAAAGUCUUACCAAGUUAAUAUUGUUGAAUUCGCGAUUGCAACAAGAUCCUAUGAGUACUCUAGAGAAGCUGCCUAAUCUGAGGGAUUUACAGCUGUCUGAUGACUCGUACAGAGGGCGUGCAAUGGUAUGCUCCGCCCAUUGUUUCCGAAAACUUGAAAAUCUUUCGCUUGAAAGGUUAUGGAAUGUAGAAGAAUGGAAGAUACAAGAAAGUGCAAUGCCAUGUGUCAAGAGUCUAAAGAUAUUCCAUCUAGAGAGUAUGAGAAUGAUUCCUGAUGGGCUGAGAUUUGUCAGUAGCCUCCAGGAAUUGCAAGUCAUAGAUGACAGAGAAGAAUUUCUAAGAAGGGUUCGAGUCGGAGGACAGGACUCCUACAAGACCAGCCACAUACCAAAUGUCUCAAUAAAAGCUCCAUUUAGAUGAAAAUUCAUUGGAAGCAAUUUUCACCAUUUGUUUUCAUCCAAUUUCCAAGGUUUCAUGUUCGUACAACAAUUUUUAUAAUAUUAGAUUUCUUUUGUUUCUUUUGUUGA